UUCGCUCGUCUCGCGAUAAGUCCCAUACCUUUAACUUGUUUACGCAAACAAAUAAAGCGAAAGUCUGCUUGUUUGGUGAACUACUUUACCGGGGGUCAUGAGUGUAACACUCACAGGUGGAGCAGUUGAAGCGCUGUUCGACGCCUCACAAGCUGACAACGAACAUGUGCUGCAGCUGCUGGACAUCCGUCGGUGUAGCAGUGUUUCUGGUCCACCCAGGUACCGGCUCAAGAUGAGUGAUGGUCAGCACUUUUUGUCUUGCUUUGUGUUGGCCACACAAUUAAACAAUCUGAUAGAAGAGAAUCUCCUGGUCCCUAAUUGUGUGUGUAUGGUGAAGAAGACCAUCAACAACACGUUGAGAGAUGGCAGGCAUGUGGUGGUUGUGUUGGACAUGGAGAUAUUGAAAUCGGCCGAGGAAACUGGAGGGAAGAUUGGAAAUCCAACUCCAUAUAAUCCAACUGGUAAGACAUCAUCUUCACAAUUCUCUGCCUCAUGUUCUUCUGUCCCAGCAUCCCCUCCAUCUGCUGCAGUACCCGGACCCUCCUAUAAGAACAACAGCAGCCAUGAAAAAGGUUUUGUGGGAAAGUCUCCCAUGAAGGCGUCACCCAUGAAGGCGGCACCCCUGAAGGCGUCACCCCUGAAGGCGUCACCCCUGAAGGCGUCUCCCAUGAAGGCGUCUCCCAUGAAGGUGUCUCCCAUGAAGGCGUCACCCAUGAAGGCGUCACCCAUGAAGGCGUCUCCCAUGAAGGCGUCACCCACGAAGGCUACCAGUGAUUCUCCAGGUUCUUCAUCAAAAGUAAUUUCUAUUGCAGGCCUAAACCCCUACCAAAGCAACUGGACUAUCAGAGCCCGAGUCACCAACAAAUCCAGCAUCCGCACCUGGAGUAACUCCAGAGGAGAGGGCAAGCUCUUCUCCUUUGAGAUAUUGGAUGAGAGUGGAGAAAUCAAGAUCACAGCCUUCAACAACGAAGUGGACAAGUUUUUCUCUCUAGUGGAGCAAGGCAAGGUGUACUACAUCACCAAGGCUACGCUGAAGGUGGCCAACAAACAGUACACCACACUGAAGAACGACUAUGAGAUGACCCUCCAUGCUCAUUCAUCCAUCGUCCCAUGUGAUGACAGUCAAGGAAUCCCAGCUGUGCACUGUGACUUUGUGCCCAUCGCUGAGCUGGAGAACAGAGACAAGGACGCCAUCAUUGAUGUUAUUGGAGUGUGUAAGAGUGCGGAGGAUGUAUCCCGUAUUACCACUAAGACCAGCAAGGAAGUCUCCAAGAGGGCCCUCAACCUAAUAGACACAACUGGCAAAGUGGUUACGGUCACACUGUGGGGAGAGGAGGCCGAGAAGUUUGAUGGCUCUCGGCAGCCAGUGGUCGCCGUCAAAGGAGCUCGCUUGUCUGAUUUUGGAGGCAGAUCUCUCUCUGCUUUAUUCAGUUCAACAGUCAUGGUCAACCCAGACUUACCGGAGGCAUUUAGUCUGCGGGCCUGGUAUGACCAGGGAGGCAAUGCGAUCGACGGCCAAUCCCUGACAGAGACGAGGUCAGUGGGCAGCGGAUCAAAGAUGAACUGGAAAACACUGAGCGACGUCAAGAAUGAACAGUUGGGACACGGAGAGAAGGCGGACUAUUUCAGCUGUCUGGCGACGGUGCUGUACAUUCGUAAGGAGAAUUGUCUGUACCAGGCCUGUCCAUCUGCAGACUGCAGCAAGAAGGUCAUCGACCAACAGAACGGACUGUACCGCUGCGAAAAGUGCAACAGAGAGUUCCCCAACUUCAAAAACAGACUCCUACUUUCUGCCAACUUGGCAGACUUCGGGGAUAACCAGUGGGUGACAUGCUUCCAGGAGACAGCUGAGAUCCUGUUAGGUCACAGUGCAGAAACACUGGGACAACUCAGAGACACAGAUGAAGCUGCAUUCGAUGAAGUCUUUCAGAAAACCAACUUCACAACUCACCUCUUCAGAAACAGAGUCAAGCUGGAGACGUACAACGAUGAGAGUCGGGUGAAGGUAAUCGUCAUGGAAGUCGAGCAAGUUGACCACAGGGAAUACAGCAGGAGACUGCUCGCUAACAUCCGCAAAUUGGCCAGCUGAAUACAGUCCCAGUCAUCCAAACGGCUGCCUGGGGAUUACACAGUUCUUCUACUGGUCUCUGACUGGUGUCCAACUGUUUCCACCAUCGAGCGUUUCUGACGGAGCCAGCGGGGCGGUCAGUGAUUCAUCUGAUUAAAUGGCAGCCGAACAAAAGACUGUUCACUUCCUUCAACGGGCCAUUUGUGAAACAUGAUGGAACCGACUUUCAGCUUUUUAAUUUGUUGACAUUUUAACAAAGAUUACACAUAACUGUGUUUGAGAUUUGCACACAUUUUUAUUGUAUUUCACGCAUUGUACAUGCUCACAGGGUUUUCAGUUUGAUUUUUUUUUUAAACAAAUGACUCAUCUUAGUUUCUAAUCUGUGGUGGUGGUGCUCAGUGUUAGUUGAGUAAGACAUAGAUGAGUCAGAUAGUAUUUAAUUUUCAUUGUUUCGUUUGAAAUAUGAAAGCGUGGCCAAAGUGUGUGGGAGAUUCACGUGCUGGCAUUUGUUUUAACUGUUUUACUGACAGUGUCUUCAGCUUGUUCUUCUUCAAUUAUUCUUUUAAUUUAAAAAAAAGAAAAAGUGUUUGGUUUGUUUCUGUACUUCCCAAAAAUGUAAAAGAAAAUUGAUUAAAAUUAUGUCCGAAUAA